AUGUACCUCUUGUUUGUUGAUACAAAGUUAUGCAAGCCCACUGAUUGUCUUUGUUAUCAAUCUCAAGCGUCGGGAACUAUCGGGUUGGGCUGUCAGCGGAUGCCGAUGGCUCUUAUCUACAUAGCAGCUACUGUAUUAUACCUGUUGAUAGGAGGAGAGGACAGGAGUUACACUGGCGAAUGGAGCCAUUCUAAGGCAUAUUCUUCACAAUCCUUUUGGGAGUUUCUACAUCUGCAGUAA